AUGCCGGGCUGGUGUCUCAUUGAAAGCGACCCGGCCGUGUUCACGGAGCUGAUCGAGCGCUUCGGCGCUCGCGGCGUGGCGGUGGAGGAAAUUAUUGGCCUCGAGCCGGAGUUCUUCAAGACAUACGAGAACGUCUAUGGCCUCAUCCUCCUCUUCAAGUGGAAGGCGGGUAAGUCGGUGGCGCUAGAUGGCGUGGUAGUGCCGGACGCCCCAGUGUACUUUGCACAGCAGACCGUCACCAACGCCUGCGCCACGCUCGCAAUUGUGAACACGCUGUUGAAUCACGGUGACCACAUUGAGCUCGGUGACGCGCUCACCAAUCUGUUUUCCUUUACGGAGGGUAUGAACGCCCAUCUGCGUGGGACCCAGGUGGGUGAAUGCGAAGUGCUGCGCGAUGCACACAACUCCUUCGCGCCCAGCGAGAUAUUUGCUAUGGAUGCACAAAUGCCAGACACCAGCGACGUGUACCACUACUCCUCGUUUGUGUACAAGAAUGGAUCCAUCUGGGAGCUCGACGGGCUGCAGGAGGGCCCCAUCCUUGCAGCUGAUGCUACCGAUAGUAACUACAAGGAAAAGCUGCUUGAGGUGGUACGUAAGCGCAUCGCUGACAAGAGUGGGGCGGAUAGAGCAGGAACUGGUCAGGGGAUAUCGUUUUCUCUCAUGGCUGUUGUGGAUGAUCGCGUGUUGCAGCUGGAGAAGCAAAUCAAUGAUUUGAAAGCGCGUGAGGCACCGACGGCAUACCUUGAGGGGCAAUUAACACAGUUGCGUGCAGAGCGUGAAAAGGGUCGCAUGGAGAACGAGCGCCGGCGGCAUAACUACAUACCUAUGAUUGUAGAGCUUAUGAAGGCAUUGGCAGAGAAGAAGAAGUUGAAUGGAAUCGUAGCUGAGGUUUUGAAUAAGACUGGACAGCCGUCAAAUAACUAUUGA